GAUUUAGAUCCGCGCUCCUUUCUGUAGCUAGUCAACAAAGCCACACGUUUUCAUAGUGUAGAAACUUGUUGAGUAUUUGUUCGUUAAUUUAGUUGUAGCUGUAAUAAGCUAUACAGCUAGAAACAUUUGAUAGCUUUCUCAGUUAUUUUGUAACUGUGUGAUAGCUAUAGCCAGGGUUUAUCAGACAAACGGUGAGACAACCUGUGCUUUGUAACUUGCUGUAGCCAGCUAUACAUUCCCUGCUGUGUUUACUGUUGGUAGAACGUGUAGGCUCUUUCUGGAGGGGAAAUUAUGAAUUACUCAGAUUAUGAUUCCGAUGGCUAUUCUUCAAAUGAAGAUCAAGACUAUGUCCCAUCUGAUGACAACCUCAGUGAAGAUGACAUGAAUGAAUGUGUGAAAGAGGAUGGUCUGGAAGGGGAUGACCAGCGUGGCCAUCAGUCUGAUAAUGUCACCAAGAAGAAAAAUAAGAAAGGCCAACACAUUGGCAUGAGGAAAAGAAAGAAAGGAGGACUGAAGUUAGAGGAGACAGAGCAUGAUGGCAGUGUGGAGGAUCAGAAGGUAGAGCGGGAGGGGGAGGAGAGAGAGUUUUCUGCUCCCAGGCCCAAGAAGGAGGAGGAUGAAGAAAAAAAGAAGAAGAAAGUAGAUGAUUUGUGGGCCCGUUUUCUGAGUGAUGUUGGUCACAAAUCCAAGCCACCUACUCCAGUGCUGCAGGCUACUACUAAACAGCAGGCUCCACCCACAGACAGUCCGAAGAAGCCCAUUUCGGCUCCAUCAGAACCUCAACAACCAGAACCUAAACCUAAAGAGCCCUCUAAAGUCACCAUCACUAAGGUGUUUGACUUUGCUGGGGAAGAGGUCCGGGUAACCAAAGAGGUUGAUGCUGACUCCAAGGAGGCCAAGAGCUUUCUGAAGGGCAAGGAGGAGACACCAUAUGUACAGACUGUACCCAGAAGACUAGAGCCCUCCUCCCUUGGCCCUGGACCGAGUGUGAAGAGGCCUGCAGGGAUGGGCAGCAUCCUGAAUCGCCUCGGGGGGAAGAAACAGAAGAUGAGCACGUUAGAGAAGUCUAAGAUGGACUGGAACGCAUUCAAGGAUGAGGAAGGCAUCGGGGACGAGCUGGCCAUCCACAACCGCGGCAAAGAGGGAUAUGUGGAAAGAAAUAAUUUUCUGGAGAGAGUUGACCACCGGCAGUUUGAGCAGGAAAAGAAAGUGCGUCUCGGCAACAUCAUGAAACGAUGACAAGGAAUAAUGGUACAGAUACACUUACAAUUGUGACACACACACUCUGUACAUGCCGGCCCAGUUCCUCCCAAGGUUUCUCGGCCCAAUACUUGGCCUCUGGACUGUUCAUGUCUCUGGAUGGCCUACUGACUGUACCUGCUGCCGGCUGCUCCUGGACCUAUCAGACCUCACAUUCCCAGUUUACACUCAGCACUCUCAUUAAACCUCCAUCUGUUCCUGGACCUGUGUGUGACCUGAGUCACCUGGACUCAGACCCCUGACUGUCUGCCUCAGUGGCUUCCUCCCUCUUGCCGAUUUUAGAGGUGUGGUGGCACUGCUAACCUGCUUGCCUCAGCACAUUUGCCAUCAUCAUCACCAGGAAACCAUUCCAGGAGUGAGAAGAGGAGAAUGAGUAGCACACUCAUGAUUCCACACCCUGAACUCUGAAUCAGACUUUAUAGCUUUGACUUGAAAGGGAGAAGGAGAGCGAGAAAGAGAGGAAGAAUCCACACAGCACAGAUAUUUAUGCCAUCCCUCUCCACCUCCUGGAGUGAUUCGGUUUGGUGCGCUGUUCAUUGGAAGAGUUAAAGUUGAUUGCAUUUCACCUCCCUGUUGUGCACACUGUGAUUCUCUGGAGUGGUUCCAACUCAUCUGAGGAGAAAGAUUUGUCUCACUAUCAUGUACCUUAUUUAUACCAACAACCAUCAGAGAUUCUGACAUGAUGAAAGAUCUAUGUUUUAUCAACAUGUCAGCUUAGCUGCUUGUUAAACCUGAGCUAAGAGGGGAGAGGAUUGCUAAACGUUCCUCAACUGUUUUCUCAACGUAAUGACACAGCUCCUAUUACAAGGUUAUUGUAUGGUUGUUCAGUAGCAGGCACUCACACAGACAGAGAGGUGAAUUCAGGGACUUUAGUUUUAGUUACUGGUUGUUAAAUGAAUGAGCUUCAAGUGUGUCUGAAUAAUCACCGGUGAAUUUGGACUUGUUUUGUGUUGUCAUCCUGGUGCUGUACUGUGUAACAUGGAAUAAAGCUCGUCAUUUGGUUUGAAA